UUUGUUUUCCCUAUGAUUGCUUGGAGGAAUUCAGAAGAAAUUAAUCGCUAUAAAAACCAGACAAAAAUUUUGAGAUCAUCAAACCACAACAGUACUCAAAACUGUAACAAGCUUCUCGUCGAUCAGCGACCUAUCCCCCAGAAAUCAACAAUCAUGAAGUGCAUCGCAGCUGUAGUCAUGAUGGCCUUGGCCGUUGUUGCUGAAGGAAACGUCGUGCCUUACUCGGUUCCACUGGCUUACUCCGCACCCCACACCACUGUUGUCCAGCAAAAUGUGGCCCCACGGUACGUCGCUACUGUUCCUGUGACGUACGCCGCUGCUCCAGUAACCACCUAUGCUGCCGCUCCAGUGGCUCCAAUUACCUACACCGUUCCACAGACCACCGUUGUCCAAUCGAACGUCGUCCCACGUUAUGUGUCUCCGGUGGCCUACGCCGCCGCUCCAUCGGUGGUGGCCUACAACUCGGUCGAUUCGGAAGUCGUUGAAGCCACCGCGGUGGCCGCUCCAGUUGCCACGGUCGUUGCCCAGCCAACUGUUGCCGUCGUUGCCCAGAAGGAAGCUCGGUAUGUGGCUGCCAACCCAGGAGCCGUCCAUGAUGCCCCACUCGCCGGACACACCGUUUCUCAGCAGUCGCUCAAUCUGGAACCAGCUGCGGGAACCGUUUGAAGCGAACCGAAUGCGGUUUGAGUUGGAUGUUGCGAGUAUCGGAUCCUAGUCUCGUUUAAAUUGGUGAAUUAAAUGUGCUAUCUUGUUCAAAUAA